AUCAGCUGUUUACCGUCAACAAAUGUCAUAACAUAACCUUAUCAAUGAAUAGUAAAAUAUUAAUAACAUUCUUUGUUUUAGAAAUUUAAACAUUUUAUAAUUCUUAUAAUAAUGGAAAACAGUGCUGUGUCCGAUUUAGCAAGAACUCUUCGUGAGUACGGUGAUAAGAUACUUAAUUCGGAGUGCAAAUUAAUCCUAUCUGAAUCACUUAUGCGGAGUCUCAACAGUUCUUUUAUGUUAUUAAAUGAUCAAAAGGACUCUAUGACUUCCUCUUUUCAAGUCAUCAAUAGCAGUAACAUUAAAACGAAUUUUUUCAUUGACAUCCAAUUUUUGCAUGAUUUUCUUCAAAGAACUUCCAGUUUGAAAAUUGUUUGUGACAACCCCCCUAAUCAUGAUCUAGACAGUGUGGACAUAUCUGUUUUUAAAAAUGUUAAGUUGCUUGAAUUAUAUAAACUAAAUGUGAAAAAGAUUAAAGGGAUACAAGCAUUACGAGCACAAAUUCAAUUUUUGGUGUGCAGGUGGAUUUUGGAAACUCUUAGUGAAAUACUAGAAAAAUGUGGUUGUGAUGAUAGUCAGGGAUUUAUCUGGAGUGAACUAAAAGAAGCUAGUUUUAGUCAUAACAAUAUUUCAUAUCUGGACAGCAGCUUAGAAUUGGUGCCUUUAUUAAACACGCUAGACCUAAGUCAUAAUAACAUCAAAGAAACUCAACCACUGUCUUGUCUUUUAAAUCUUAAACAUUUGAAUCUGAGUUAUAAUCAGUUGAAAGCCAUUCCCAAUUUUUCAGGACAGAUUUGCAGUCGUCUUCAGGUGUUAAUUUUAAACAACAAUUUCAUCGAUAAUCUAGCAAACGUAGUAAACUUGGUGAAUCUUUGCGAACUUGAUCUAAGCGAAAAUUGUCUCAUUGACCAUCACUCACUUCUUCCUCUUACUCAUCUGUCAACGUUGCAAUGGCUAAAUUUGAAGGGAAAUCCCCUCAGUUUUCAUCCGCAACACAGAAUAAGAAGUGUGUGCUAUCUAAAUUCCAAUACGGCCACAGUACGUUUCCUAUUAGAUCAGAAAGCUCUCACCAAACUCGAAUCACAAAACUGCGGUAGAAUCCAACCAGUUUAUCAAAGUCAUCAAAUGGAAUCUCUUUCAUCUUCUCUAAGUAAUGCCACCUUGGUGGCAACGGAACGUCCUAGGCGAGUUAGAACCGCUACUAUUUCGGAAGGUGUUGAUGCAGUCUCAGAAAUGGACAACAGUAUAGCAUCUAUCGCCUCGUUACUGAUAUCAAAUGACCAUUUGGAAACAAAGAGAACUAUUGAGCAGUUAAGGAAACAAUAUGGAGAACGAUGGUUACAAGCAGAAUCCUCUGUACAAGACGUUCUUGGUCUCGAAAAGUCUCUCCCCAUCAUAUCGUCAUCUCCCUACGAUCAACUUUUGUCCACAUUCGAAGCAAACUACUCCCAACAAAACGUCCCAGAUGGAAGUGAACUCAAAUCUGAAGAGUCUAUGAAUGGUACAGAAACGUACACAACCGCGUCGGAAACAACAACUCAUGGAAAUAAUGAAAAUGCACUACAACCCGGUACUGACGAUGAUUACGAUGGUGACGAUGAUGACGAUGACGUUCUUGGGCAAGGGGAGGAAAAUUUGUAUUUGGUCUGCCCCAAGGGCACUACUGAACCCAUUUUCCUGGUGGUCACCAACACUCAUAUUAGGGAACGGGAUUGUGAUAGUGGAAAAGAGAAGACCCGUUGGCCUUUGGACAGUCUUUUGGCCUGUAGCGCUUCAGGAUCCGAUCCUGUUUUAAUUUCGCUCGAAUUCGACACUGUAAAACGUGACAAAAAGCAAAGAGAAUAUGAUAUGGUCGAGGAAGAUGCGGAAAAAUUGUCGAAACACCUCAGUAAUCUCCUGUCAAUCAUGGGAACCCAGAAUAAUCGAAUGGUUAUUUUUAAAUGCAUGAAAUGUGGAACCAGGUUUGGAGAGGAAAAAAAUAGUCAGAAGAGGGGGACUGCAAGGGUAUGUCCAACAACCACUUGUAAUAGUACUUUAGUCAUAGAAGACGACGAGGAGAAUUAAAGAUAAGAAGGAAAAAAGAUCAAAAUUGAAUGUGUCAAAAGUAAAAUAAGAAAUAGGUACUUGGUUGUCUAGAUGAUGGGACUAUCAGUUGGACGAGGGAAGAAGCGGUGGAGGGUGACUAGUACAGCAUUAAAAAAGAAUUUGAAGGUGAGAGCGGGGAACUAAUUGGGUGGGGGGUGGGUUAAAAAUCGGCCUCACCUAGAACCACCUUUUUUAGUAUAGUACAAGGUCAUCCCCACUCCUUCUCCUUCCCAUUGACAGUCCCAUCAUCUACAAAAUUGCCAAGAACUAUUUCAUUUCCAAGUGAUAAUUUGAAAUUAAAAUAAUAUGUAACAAUAUUUUAAACUUGGGGAUGGGGAUUACAGUAAAUAGUAUACCAUGUUCAAAACCAUUUUGUAUGUUUAAUUAAUAUAACCUAUUUACAAAUGUAUAAAAUUAUCUAUAUAAUGUGUCCCAUAUACAUAUAGUAGACUUAAUUUUCGUAUGUAUAUAUAAUGCUUAUUCCCUUUGCGAUUGUAAAAAAUUGUUAUUUGGAUUUAUAUUUUA